AUGGAAGAGAUGACUCCAGCAGUUGCAAUGACUCUAAGCUUCGCCAACACAAUCUGCGACUCGUCGCCUGUAGAGAUCACUCAGCUCAAGAACGUCACCGAUUCCGCUGACUUCAUACCUGAUCCCGCAACCGAAACAACCGAUUGUGCCAUGGACGAAGAAGAAGAUAACAGCGCGGUGAUAAGCGAGGGAUUGUUAGUCGUCGAUUCGAGCUCUGAGCUAAGCUUGAUGGAGAUCGACAACGGACGAGUCCUCGCGACGGCGAUCAUCGUCGGCGAGUCUACAAUCGAGGAGGUUCCAACAGCGGAAGUUGUUAUCGCCGCCGCCGGUGCGAACGUGGAGGAGGAUGGUUCUCCGGGUCUAACGGCUUCAGAGGUUGUGAUUCGGUUGCCGGAAGAUAACAGCAACAGUAAUACGACGGCGAGAGGGAGGAGCGUCUAUGAGCUAGAUUGUAUACCGCUUUGGGGGACGGUUUCGAUCCAAGGAAACCGAUCGGAGAUGGAGGAUUCCGUCGCCGUGUUGCCUCAUUUCAUGAAGUUACCGAUCAAGAUGCUAAUGGGAGAUCAUGAGGGUAUGAGUUUAAGCCUCACUCACCUCACUGGUCACUUCUUUGGUGUUUACGAUGGUCAUGGAGGCUAUCAGGUUGCUGACUAUUGCCGAGACAGGCUCCAUUUUGCUUUAGCGGAAGAGAUCGAGCGGAUAAAAGACGAGUUGUGCAUGAGGAACACAGGGGAAGGCAGGCAGGUGCAGUGGGAGAAAGUGUUCACGAGGUGUUUCUUAAACGUUGAUGGUGAGAUUGGAGGGAAGAUUGGGAGAGACGUUGUUGGUUCUUCUGAGAAGGCUUUUGAGGCGGUUGCUUCUGAGACUGUUGGAUCAACCGCUGUGGUUGCUUUGGUUUGCUCGUCGCAUAUUGUGGUCUCUAACUGCGGUGACUCCAGGGCGGUUUUGUAUCGUGGCAAAGACGCCAUGCCCUUAUCAGUCGAUCACAAACCAGAUAGAGAGGAUGAGUAUGCGAGAAUAGAGAACGCUGGAGGGAAAGUUAUACAGUGGCAAGGAGCGCGUGUUUUUGGUGUUCUUGCCAUGUCUAGGUCCAUUGGUGAUAGGUAUCUGAAGCCGUAUGUGAUCCCAGAGCCGGAAGUGACGUUCAUGCCGCGGUCAAGAGAGGACGAGUGUCUGGUGCUAGCGAGUGACGGUCUUUGGGAUGUGAUGAGCAACCAAGAAGUUUGUGAAGUAGCGAGGAGACGGAUCUUGAUGUGGCACAAGAAGCAUGGUGCGCCGGCUAUAGCGGAGAGAGGGAAAGGAGCGGAUCCGGCUUGCCAAGCGGCGGCUGAGUACUUAUCCGUGCUUGCUAUGCAGAAGGGAAGCAAAGAUAAUGUCUCCGUUGUUGUGGUUGACUUGAAAGCUCAAAGGAAGUUCAAGACCAGAGCUUGA